AUGACUCGCUAUAAAAUCUCACAAAUUUCUUCUUCUUUGUUCAUUCUUCAAACUCCCCCUCUCUCACUCCCUCUCUUUCGAUCUCUCUCCCUCUCACUCUCUCUCUCUUCUCCCUCUCUUUCUCCCCUCUCUCUCUCUCUCUCUCUCUUUCUCUCUCUCUCGAUUUUUCUUUCUCAAACAAUGUUUCCUCAUUUUCACGCAACGUUCUGUCAGAUUUUUCUUUCUAUCAUUCUGUGUUUCUUUCUUUCUUUUUUCUUUCUUUCUUUCCUAGUUCUGAUGCUUUCUUUUUGCUUUUAUUCCUUUUUCUUUCAUUUUUCUCUUUCAUUUUUUCAUUCAUCCAGUGCUUUCUUCUUGCCUUUAUUCCUUUUUCUUUCGUUUUUCUCUUUCAUUUUUUUCAUUCAGCCGGUGCUUUCUCUCUUUCUAUCUCUUUCCCCUUUCCUAAACCUUGCCCUUUCCUCUUCGACGAUUAUUAACAGUUCAUUAGCGCAUGCACGUGUAAUCAUCUAUCGCUAUUUUAUUUAUUUAAUGUGUUUGUUUUUUUACUUUUUACACUGGUUCGCUCACUCUUUUUCUCUGUCACUCUCUUCCCAUUUCUAUAUCUCUCCCUUUUCUAUUUCUCUUUUCUUUAUUCUUUCUCCUUGUUCCUUUUCGAACUUUUCUUUCUCUCUCUCAUUCUUUUCUUCUCUCUUUUUCUCACUUUUCCUUUGCUAUCCAGCUUUCUCUCUCUCUCUCUCUCUCUCUCUCUCUCUCUCUCUAUCUAUCUAUCUAUCUAUCUAUCUAUCUAUCGCUUACUUUCCCAAUCUUUCUUUCUGUUUCUUAUUCUUCCUACUCACUACUUAUUCGUUUGGUUUCACCCAUUACUUUGAUUUUUCUUGCCUUCUUUUUCCCUUACUUCUCUCUCUCUCUCUCUCUCUCUUUUCUUCUUUUUCUUUCUCUCUAUUUUUAUAUUCCUCUCUUUUCCUCAUCUCUCGUUUUCUCCUUUUCUCUGUUUCUGCUAUUCAUCUCUGUCUUUCUUUCUGUUUUUCUCUUUUCAUCUUUUUCUUCGCUUUCUCUUUUUUGUUCUCUUUCUUUCUUUAUUUAUUUCCAUACUCUCUUUUUUUAUCUCUCUUUCUCUCUCACUGUUGCAGUUUCUCUUUCUCAUUCUCUCCUUCUCUGAGACCGACAGAAAUUUUUGAAGAAGCAUGUGCCACGCUAACCUUGGUGUGUCGGCGGGAAUUUACGUCGACCCACAUUCUUUCAUUACAAGACGAGAUACAUCCGAUAACAAAAAUACACGCCAUUCCGAUAUGCGCAUGUGCGUAA